UUGAGUCAGCAAACGCAAUGGCAGAGUAGAAACUUCGAAUCAGUAUUUAAGCGAACUCAAGCAUACUCAUGCAGGCGCGAGGUUUCUACACACGGCCAUGCAAACCGUCCUAUUCCUAAUAUAGGCUGGACAAACCUUCGGUAGAGUUAUGUGGGCGGGCCAUUUGCGUUAUCUAUUGCGAGGCAUGUUUUUUUUAUUCGGAGCCCACACAACCGUACUCUUGGAAGCCUUUGCCGCUAGUUCCUCUGGAAGGGAUGCGCUACUGCCCACUGGGUCACGUGCCCCAAGUAUCCGAGUCUCGCCAUGCAAUUUUGCCUAUUGCGGUGCGGACGCCAUGAAAAGCUAAUAUGCCAUAUUGAAACUGUGAACGAAGCAGGA